UUUCUAGUGUCGUGUAUCUUUUUAUUAUUGUUAUUGCCUCGUUGCUUUUCACGCUUGCUCAAGUGGGUUUCCAGAUAUCACUAGCAACUGGCUUUACAUUAGGAUCAUGUGAUACACUGGAAGUCAUUUUAAGACAAAGUGGACUAAUAUUGUUUACUGUUCCUCCAGUUGAUAUUGUUAGACAUUUAUUGCCAGAUGUUGUUGUCCUUAUCAUCAGUUCGGUCUCAGCUGGUCUUGCUCUUAAAGUCUCAUUUCUUCAUUCAGUGGAGCCCCCACCAUCAACUGGCUUAGAUUCUCCAAAUGAAGCGACUGCCCUAACCUCCGCCACUCGUCCUAUGACCCCCCAACAAGAAUAUUACCAGUUCCCGAAAUGUUUUCAAUGGAGUGUUGAAUUCCUGAUAUUUAUCAUGUUCCUGUUUAGUGGUAGUGUUGUCCCAUCUCUCACUUCUUUCUUUUACUACUUCUGCUUCUUGUUCCUUCUUUUUGUAUGGAGCUUUCACUGGAGGGUCAAGCUGAUGUCCCUCGUAAGAUUCAUGAGGAUUGUGGCCAUGCUCUACUCAUCCUGUCAUCUUGUGGUACUCUAUCUCUACCAGUUCCAGUCAUUUCAGCUAGCACUACCAGUUGAACCAAUGUCUGACAAUGACAGUUUGAUUGCUAGGUUGUUAGGGUUGACCCCUGUAAUUCAAACAAUAUGUACCAAACCCACUCAGUUGCUUAUAUGGGACGACACACCAGUCACAUAUUUCAUCAACCCUUGGGCAUUAAUUGGGAUGUUUUGGAUACUGGGAUCGGACUUUCAGUUGUGGCUCUCAACAAAGGUAUGUGUACAUAUAACCCAAGAAUGAUUUUUAAUCUCUGAGUUGGUAUGUAUUUAAUUAUUGACAAACACACUCAAUAGCAUGCAUGCCAGGUUUGUACUACUAAUGAAUUUUUGGGUCAUACAAAUGCAUUGUAUUAUGUUAUGUGUUAGUUGUAGGUUCUUGGCAUGAUAUUUGUAUUAAAAGUGUGUGGAUAUGAAUGAUCUGGUGAGUUGCAAAUUGCUUCUUUUAAAAAAAUUUGAAAUAUAAAGAAUGAAAAGCAGCAGCUAAUAGCGAAAUAAUAAAACUACAAUAUAUAGCUAUAAUCAUCAAAUGCAGCAGCAGGGUGUGUGUGUGUGUAUGUGUGUGUGUGUGUUUAGUAUUAGUUUUAGAUUGUUAUAGUACCAGCAAGAGCCUUUAGGUCUUCCUUGAUAAAGAGGUCAGCCAGUGUACCAAGUGUAGAGAAGCUCCAGUGUUGCUGAGCGUGACUGGUGCUGUUGCAGUAUGAGACAGGAGUAGCUGAAGGAGCUUCAGUCUCUUCCCCAGAGCCUAUAGGCUCGGAAGCCGCCCCCUCAGUCUUAUUAGCAGGAAUGAUCUUAUCAAGGAGUCCUUUGAGGUUCAUGAUAUUAGUAAUGGUGUAGUUUAUAUUGAAGCAAGUCCGAUCAGCAGGUGGGAAUGUAGGACA